CCGUCAAAUCGGGGUUUGCGAUAUACCACGAACUCCCGUUGGCAUGCUCCUCUUGUCGUACGCCAGAACUUCACCAGUGUGCUCAUUGGGACGAAACAUUCUACUGAGACAAGAUAUAUGCCUACGAGUGAGCAUUGGUGGUAGCCGGAAUUAGCCAUACCACUCCAGAACACCCAUCUGGGCACUAGCCCUACCAUGUCGCCCUCAGACAUCGACAUGCAAGCCCUUCAGACUCUCCGCUCGCAAUUCUCCCAAGCACUGAAAGACUUCGCCUCUUCCUCAUCAAGCAACUUCAAAGUCCUAAGAUCAGUGCCAUCAUCAUUACCGCCCUCCUCAUCGCCAAUCCGGACCCUCUAUGUCCUGGACUCAAGCUUCAACCCACCCUCUAAAGCACACUUAUCACUCGCCAAAAGCGCUCUGAAAUCUUCAGACUCCACGACCGACACGCGAGCUCUCUUCCUCCUUGCGACAGUCAAUGCCGACAAAAAGCCCAAACCAGCCGACUUCGAAGACCGCCUGAUAAUGAUGACCCUAAUGGCCGAGGAACUACGCGCCGCCUUCUCCGCCCCGGGGCCGGCUGAUGGCGCACCGGCCGUCGACAUCGGCAUCACCAAGCAACCAUACUUCAUCGACAAAGCUGUUUCCAUCGACGAAAGCUCAGUGUACACCAGCUCCUCACCAAAUCCCGAAACGCACUUCUCGCAAAUCCACCUCACAGGCUUCGACACGCUCAUCCGCAUCUUCACGGCCAAGUACUAUCCGGACCACGACCCGCCGUUGUCGGCGCUCGAGCCGUUCCUGACGCGCCACGGUGUGCGGGCUACGGUCAGAGUCGACAAGAACACAACAUCAGAAAAUCUCAAGGAUACGACGACCGAAAGUGGCAGUGAUCUAUCUAGCGUUGAAGGUCAGAAGGCUUAUCUCAAGGGCAUUGCGGACGGAGACAAGGAAGCGGAAGGGGCGAAAAGGGAAUGGGCUGAGCGGGUGGAGUUGGUGGUUGAUGAUUCCGGCGAGACUGAAGGGGUCAGUUCGACGAAGAUCCGGAAUGCUGUUAAGGAGGGCAAUUGGGACGAAGUCAAUGCUUUGGUCGGGAAGGGCGUGGGUGAGUGGAUAAGGGAGAGAGGGCUGUAUGAAGAAUAGACCAUGGAAAUAGGAAUGACGCUCUAGAUCGCUACAUGAUGAGGAAUGCUUGUCAUGAAUGACGAUAUACACAGUGGUCGACUGGGGGUGCCUCAAGGUACAUGGCCCCGAACAUGUGGUCAACAAAUACGGAACGUGUCACGAAAUGUGUGCACAUCAGUCAUGGGCCG